AUGCCGUGCCCCAUCACCGUCUCCAAGUUCGUGGGAACGGUCUCCCUGGGCCUAUUGACCGGCCUCUCCUACGCAACCACAACCGUGACAAUCCCGUCCCUAAAACUCCUACCCACAUCCACCUCCGCCGCACGCUCGCUCGCCGAAGCCAAACGCCUCUCCCGCAGCCACUCUUUCCGCCUCACCAACAUCGCCAACACCACCCUGCUUCUCGCCUAUCUCGUCUCCCCGCGCCACCGCAAACAUCCCUACCUCGUGUGGAUGUGCCUGACUUCUGCUCUGGGCUCGUAUGGCGUCGACUACUGGUUCAACAGACAGGCCGGGAUUAAGAACUGGGUAGCCGGCAUUUGGCAGGAGAGUUGCUGUGCGCGUCUGUUCGGAAAGGGUGCGCAGGGGAAGAAGGAAGAGGAUAUUGUUGUUGUAGAGGCGGAGGAGGGGGGUGUGAAUGGGGAGAGAGUGCAGGAGGAGAUGGAGGAGGAAAGGGUUGCGCAUUUGGUGAGGGGGAUUGUUUCGGGGGUGGCGCUUGCGAUGGGGAUUGUUGGGCUUUGGGGGGACAGGAAGUGA